UAUCCGGUUUUAGGGAGAUAGCGGAGAACCUUGGGAGGUCUUGAAAAAACAGGGGUAUUAAUUCCGGAAUUCAUGCCAUAUCUGUCUUAAACUUGUCACUAUUGUUUGAAUUCUGUCUGUUAGUAUACCCGUGUCAAGAAAGAUACAAUGAUCCGGUUCAUCCUGAUCCAGAACCGCGCCGGGAAGACGCGGCUGGCCAAGUGGUACAUGCAGUUCGACGACGACGAGAAGCAGAAGCUGAUCGAGGAGGUGCACGCGGUGGUGACGGUCCGCGACGCCAAGCACACCAACUUCGUGGAGUUCCGAAACUUUAAGAUCAUCUACAGACGAUAUGCUGGUCUGUACUUCUGCAUCUGUGUGGAUGUGACUGACAACAACCUGGCCUACCUGGAGGGCAUUCACAACUUUGUGGAGGUUCUGAACGAGUAUUUCCACAACGUGUGCGAGUUGGACCUGGUCUUCAACUUCUACAAGGUGUACACGGUGGUGGACGAGAUGUUCCUGGCGGGGGAGAUCCGGGAGACGAGCCAGACCAAGGUGCUCAAACAGCUUCUGAUGCUCCAGUCCCUGGAGUAAGGCCAGACCACGCCCCCACGACCCCGUCCCCCAUUUCACAGGCCUCCCCCCGCAUCGGCCCCUCCACGGAGCCGGCUCCACCCUGCUGACCGCACCAUUCCCGCCCCCCCUCCCUCUUUUCAGGAGUCUCCGCCCCUGCCACCUUAAUGCCAGAUGUAGGGGCUGCCGUUGGCUCCGCCUGCGAUGCUCUAAAGGGUCUGAUUGGGCGGAACCCCCCUCCCCUUGUCUGACACUAUCAUUACUGACGAGCAACUGAGUGUGUGCGAAAUGCCCAACCUGAACACCCAUUAGCUACAAUAAACUGGAAGUGUUUGACUUUCUGGGGUCUGUACGGUGACGGCUGUUUUAAAGGGCAGGGACUUUGAGCGCCGCCGUCAGUGCAAGACUGAGUAGGAAGUCUUUCAAUAUGUGCACGAGGUCCUCGUCCGAUAUUGUCACCCCUCCAUAACUAGAGAAAUUAAACGAUUGUUACAGACUCCCUUCCCAAUCAGGAGCUGGCUUAGAAAUCGCAUGACUGAACCACCGGGCGAUACGGAGACGCUCACGACGACAAGCUCCCCAGAGAUUCCAAUUGGCUCAGUCGCGUCACUGGGAAGAGGUGGCUCAGGCAGAGAAAAUGCCUUUGUUUUCUCUUGAAAAAACCCAACAAAAGUCUCUUUCCCCCUGGCUGGGUGAGGGUUGGGAAGUGCUGACCUCAAAGGUCAAGGUUCAGGCGGCACCCAUUUUGUCCUGAAGAAAAGGUUGAGCAUUUCCAUGCCUCCGCUGCUGCCUGUCAGUUCUCCCCCCCCCCCCGAAAAGCGAUUCCCUUACAUUUCAGAGUCAAGUGAACAUGAAUUACUUCAUCAAAUAUAUCGUACUUUUAUCUGUAAUUUAGUAUUGUGAAGUUAUGUUUGUAUUGUGUACAUAUACAUGUGUUUUAUGUGGAUGAUGCGCUCAGUUUUCAGUUCAUCUAAAGCACUCAUGUUCCACAAUAAAAUGUAAAGCAUUAAUAACAGGUCGCUACAGGGGCAUUACCAGAAGUUUGAAUCCUCACACAUACACAUUUCCCUCUGCCAGAGAUCCUAUCGUAUCGCACACACAGCCGCACCUCAUUGCUGGCCGAUCUCUGUACUGGACUGCUUGUACAGUAGCCUAUGCCGGUGUACAGAGAGCGUACACGCUGAUUGAACGCCCCUUCUCCAAGCAGGCGGUGUCCCAUGAAUUUCCCCUGGCAGGGACUGUUGGUGAAGAAAGACCCUGUAAAUAAUGAAGCGCGCUGUUCAACUUGUGCACUUUUUCCACUUACAGCACUAAAUAAAUCCCAACUCUGAGGUAAACUCUGGGGGGGGGAGGAGAGUUUGUUGUUGCGCCUUAUUCUGUGUGAAACUGCCAUGUUAUAAUCCUGCACCAACAUUCGCUGCCGGUGUAAAUGUAUUGGAUCUAAUCGCCGCACUGAAACGCUACUUCCCCUUGUUCCUCCUCAAAUAUAUUGAUUUUAAUCCUGUUUCUUUUCUGAAGAUUCUCACAUGUGAUACUGAGCUGACCUGUCCUGUAGGGGCUUGUUGAGGGACCAAGAUGGGGGGGGAGGGGGGUGGGAUGUCUGAUAUCUGUGUAUCGCUGGUGUAUUUCAAAAUUGUGUGUGUGUGUGUGUGUGUAAGAUGCUCAAAGAUUUUCCAAAUACAUGGGUGAUGCCCCUGGUCACAGGGUGUGAUGACAUAUGAGGUCAUUAUAUUACAUCACAUCAUGGGAAAUGUGGUCAUCCAUCCAGUGUUUCUUGUGUGUGUGUGUGUGUGUGUGUGAGAGAGGGCGGGGGAGUGGGGGAGACUGAGUGUGUUGGACUGAACAAUGUAAGCGAUCUGGGAGUGGAGUCAUGUGACCAAAGCAUGGGCUGCCCAUUUCCCCAUUGUUAAUGAUCCCUGCCUAAAAGGAGCCUGCGCCUUCACACACCUCCUCCUCCAAGCAUUCUGGUAUGGAGCAGAUGGCCUGCACUCUGCAGGACCCCAACCCUGCUGCAUAAGCUGCCCUCAGCUCUGCCUGUAUGAAAAUCAGGCCAUUUCAACCUUUAAAAAUCACGUAAAAAAAAAACUCUGGGAUGAACUGGCCGAGGCAGAAACCACCUUGGCUAGGCACACAUGCAGCGAUGACUCAUCGCAAUGAGUGUGUCGCCGGCUAUAACAGAAGUGACCUGUACGCUCUGUGACCGGAAUCAAGCAGCUCCUCUCUGCUAGCCCAGGAUUGGCCCGGUCCAUCAGCAUGCCCGUUUUUGCUGUCCAAUCACUACAGGGCCAGGCUGCUAGCGUCCAAUCAGAGGCCAAUAGGAGAGGGUGCCCACCUCUCUCCAGUGUUGAGAGGAGCACAGAAACACGCUGAGGCUGUGUGUGCAGGGCCCGUGUUGAGUUGGGCAAGGGGACGGGGCUUACAGGUUAUUUUAGAUAGAUUUCAAAUAUAUAUUUUAAAGUUUGCAGACGUUAAGCAUUUUGUUUUUGCUAAAAUACGGCAAGUAUGUAUCCCUUCAUGUCCUAAGGUGUGUGACGGGUGCCGUCUGUGUGCGUGUCGUCAUGGUCAUUACCUUGUUGCCGAAUCCUCCCAUUUUAUUCCACUCUAUAUGUAUAUAUACCCAACUGAAAUUAAAAUGUACUCUGAAUACGUACUCCCGUUUCCUCUCUUUAAAUGAAGGACCUUUGGGGUCUCUGGCUGUUUUCAUGUCCUACAGCGUGUGAUGGGUGCUGCGUAUGUGUUGUCAUGGCCAUUCCCUUCUUACAGAACCUCCAUUUUAUGCCAGUCUGUGAACAUGUACACAAAUGAAAUUAAAAUGUGCUCUCAAUA